GGAACGAGAUGAGCAGCGCCGGCGCCGCUGCAAGAUGCUGGAUGGACACGUCCUGCUGGGAUGGCUCUCCUCCUGCGCGCUCCUAGGGCUGCUCGCCUGCGCCCCGCGGCCCUCCGCCGCCUACUUCGGGCUGACAGGGAACGAGCCCCUGACCAUCCUCCCUCUGACCUCAGAAAUGGAGGAAGCUGCCGUCAAAGCCCACUACAAAGUCUGUGACCGCCUGAAGCUGGAGAAGAAGCAGCGCAGGAUGUGCCGGCGGGACCCUGGCGUGGCUGAGACCCUGAUGGAGGCAAUCAGCAUGAGUGCACUGGAGUGCCAGUACCAGUUUCGCUUUGAGCGCUGGAACUGCACCCUUGAGGGUCGCUACCGGGCCAGCUUGUUAAAGAGAGGUUUUAAAGAGACAGCCUUCUUGUACGCCAUCUCCUCUGCAGGGCUGACGCAUGCCAUGGCCAAGGCAUGCAGCGCAGGGCGGAUGGAGCGUUGCACCUGCGAUGAGGCCCCUGAUCUGGAGAACCGCGAGGCUUGGCAGUGGGGUGGCUGUGGUGACAACCUGAAAUACAGCAACAAGUUUGUCAAGGAGUUCCUGGGGAGGAAGCCCAACAAGGAUCUGCGAGCCAGGGUGGACUUCCACAAUAACCUUGUGGGCAUGAAGGUCAUCAAAGCUGGAGUGGAGACAACCUGUAAAUGCCAUGGCGUAUCUGGAUCCUGUACUGUUCGAACGUGCUGGAGGCAGCUCUCUCCAUUCCAUGAAAUAGGGAAGCAGCUGAAGCAGAAGUACGAGACAUCGCUCAAAGUGGGCAGCACUACCAAUGAGGCCACAGGAGAAGGAGACAUCUCCCCACCCAAGAAGUCAAUCCCUGGUCACAGUGAUCAAAUCCCAAGGACUACGGAUCUUGUCUACAUUGACGAUUCCCCAAGUUUCUGUAUGAUGAGUAGAUACUCACCUGGGACUUCGGGAAGGAAAUGUUACAAAGACAAGAACUGUGACAGCAUCUGCUGUGGGCGAGGGCACAAUACACAGAGUCGGGUGGUCACCCGUCCAUGUCAGUGCCAGGUCCGUUGGUGCUGCUAUGUGGAAUGCAAGCAGUGCACCCAGAGAGAAGAGGUUUAUACCUGCAAAGACUGAUGUGUCUUCUGCUCGAUGGCAACCCUUGGUGAUGGGUGAUGGCGAUCUAUAAGAACUGCAUAUGGAGACAAACAGGGUUUGAUAUUGACCUUCUGGGAUCUGAAAGCUAUGUUGAGACAUAAGCACUUUGUA